UAUUACAAAAGUUUGGUAAGGUAUGAUAAAAUGUUUGAAAUAAACGGUUAAAACUAUUCAAGUUCUUUAAACAAAUUCGUCACAAAUUCCACACGAAGUAAGCUGCGGGUAUAGCUAGUUAUUAUAGAAUUUAAAGAAUAUGAGCAUUAAACGGGUCAUCGUAGGUCGGUUUUCAACGACUAACGAGUGAAAUUUAACAAAAUAGCUUUACUGGUAUACAUAAUGUAUUCCAACAAUUACAUUUGAUGUCAUAAUUAUUCCCGAUCAUUAUUAAUAUGAUUUUAAUCGAUUAUUGUGGUUUAGUUUGAGUGCCUCACUAUUUUAUAGAAAGGAAUUUAAAAUGUGUGAACAAAAUUCUGCAGUGUACGCGAACAUUAAGUUGAAAGUCAUGUUAAUAGGAGUUAUAACCUUCAUACCAUGUCUUAUAGGUUUUAGUUUGGCACUGUACGUUAUAAUAUUAGAAGAAUAUAACCAGAUGAAGUUUCGUUUAACCAAUAAGUUGCAACAUGUAUUGGAUAUGGAAAUCGAUAGUAACGUAAUUGACUUGGUUGCUGGAAUUGCCGGUGUUAUAUUCUUAUUGGCAAUGAUCUUCUCAGUUCUUCUGCUUAUUGGAAUACAAAAGAACAAACCCGGUUUUGUCCUCGCUUAUUUUGGGUAUAGUACUAUGCUCACAAUGCUUCUAAUAUUAAGCGCACUCUUGGAACUCAUUCAAAGUUAUUGGGCCCUAGCCAUUCCUACUUUAAUUUUAUCAACUUUUUAUAUACCCUGCCUCAAGAUUGUACACACUGUAUAUGAAAUGAUGCAGAAAGGAUUAUCAUUAGGCUCUGACAGACACAACCUUAUUGAAAAUGAAUCCUUAAAUUGACUGUAAACCAAAAUUUGAUUGCUUUUAAACAUUGUUUGAUUUCAUAAAUUAGAUUAAGAAACUAUUUUAACUAUGCUGAAGCUAUUUAUAUUAUUUGUUUUAAUAUUAUACAUAUGUAGAAUAUGCUUUAUUUUAUAGUGUAGUAGUUAUUUUAAUAGAGGGUUCAGUAAAAAUAUGCUUUUAACUUAAUUUGUGUGCACUUGAGUUUAUUUUGUUGAUUAAUAGUUACAAAUAGUUGUUAAAGAGGUUUUAUUCAAUUGUAAAUUAAAAAAAAUACUACUUUUAUACAAAAAAAAACACUGUUUUUUUAUUAAUUUGGAUUUGUCAACCCUAGAUUCUGAUUGCAAUUUUUUACUUAAAAAGUAUUUAAAAAAAAAUCUAGUAUAAAC